ACAACGUGUGAACAAUUUUUUUAAGGUGACUCACGUUGCAAUUCCAAAUUUCCAUGACAAUGGCAUAACAGUUUUCGGACUUGUUUUUUACAAGGAAACAGAUAUCAUCAAUAGUAAAGAUAUAUAUCCUGUUACUCGCGACAUCGAAGUUACUCAAUUAGUAGGACGUAAAGUGAUAGAAGAAUGGUUUUAUGAUCUAAUGAACCAUCCGUUAGUAUCGGAUUUUUGGUUUAAUAAUGGUCUUGUUACUUUGAUUGCAAUGUAUACUGUCAAUGAGAUUUAUCCUGAUAAUCGAAUAAUAAAUUUAUUUGUUGUUCAAAAUCAACAUACUUCUUUUUAUUUGGAUGAUUAUGAUAUGGAGAAUUCUACUUCACAAUAUGACAGUUUAUUAAAAAUUCGCCGAUCCAUCAGAGCACCCUGUAUACUGCGCAUGAUGCAACACGUCUUCACCGAUGAAAUAUUUUGGAAAGGCGUUCGCUCGUAUAGAAAUAACACCCAAUUUCAUCGUCAAAGUUUUAUGACUUUUUUGGAAGAAGUUGUUGCUGAUGCAAAAAAUGUAGAUACUGAAAUAUCAUUACAAACAAUGGAAUAUUGGACUUUGGAAGAGCAUUGUCCUCUCAUCAAAGUAGUACGAAAUUAUAGUGAUCAUGGGAGCUACAUACAUGUAUCGGUACAAAAUUACGACACAUUAGAAAUUGAUUGCAUUCCUGUAACUUUUACGACCCAGACGUAUACCAAUUUUAACAAUUUUACUCACUACUGGCUAUGCAAAUCAUGGGAUUUAAAUUCAACAAACUCAUUUCUUGAGAAUGGUUGGAUGAUAUUCAAUAUACAACAAAUUGGAUAUUACCGCGUUAACUAUGAUAAUGAAAAUUGGCGAAGAAUUUCAGAUUAUCUAUACAAUGAUGAUUUUACGACAAUUCAUGUUCUUAAUCGUGCCCAAAUUAUCGAUGAUGCAUUUCAUUUAGUGAUAGCAGGUCACCUCAACGCCUCUAUAUUCUGGAGUAUCACAUCGUAUUUGGAUAGAGAAAUAGAUUAUAUCGCAUGGUAUCCUAUGUUUAAAGCUCUGGAAACAUGUUUAGUACUUUUCCAGUGGAAAAAAAAACUGAAAAAUUUGCGGAUAGAAUAGAUAAGCUAAAAUUCAUGUUAAACGAGUUACUUGAAAAAAUCCAAUAUGAAGAAAUUGAUGAUGCAGACGAACUUAGAAUAUGUUUACGACAAGAAGCUGCAAGAUGGGCAUGUUUUUUUGGUCACACCAUUUGUAUAGAAAAAGCAAAAA